ACGAGGUUGUAACAUUUGGAUCUCCGCGGGAAUAAAGCGCCGUGCACUCAAACUCCUUCCUCAAAAUAUGGGCAAAAAUGAUUCUGGAAAGCCAGCCUGUAAGUACGGAGCUGACUGCUACCGUACCAAUCCACAGCACUUAGCUGGGUUCUGGCACCCAAAGAAGGGGAAAAGGAAAGGCGAGAAUCAGGAUGCAGAUGAUGGAAAUAUUGGUGUUGCUAAGAAGAGAAAAGCAGAUGGUGCUGAUGAGCCACAGCUACCUGGCAUGUCUGGAGACUCAGACACAAAGACCAGUGUAGAAGAAAAAGUAGAAGAAAAAACAGAAUGUAAUGAAGAGGACAUUGAAAAAGAGAGCAGCCAAGAAUGCACAGAUUAUGCCCAACCAGCCACACCUUCUGAUCUUGACCCAAGAGAAGAGAUCAAGUGGAAAUUCAAGAUGGAAAUGCCUGAAGAUUUCUAUGACUUCUGGGAAUUUUGUCAGAGUCUCAACAAGAAAAACCCCAAAGAUGCACUCAAGGAUACUCUCGGACUGCAGCUAGUGGGCCCCUAUGAUGUGCUGGCUGGAAAUCUGAAGAAAACCCCUCAGUCUAAGAGAUCCUCCUAUUGCCUUCACUGGAGGUACUACUAUGAUCCACCUGAGUUUCAGACAAUCGUGCGUGGAGACGACGAGACACAGCAUCAUCUUGGCUAUUUCAGGGAUGAGCCCAAGGAAUUGCCAGUGUUUGUUGCGGCUAACUCGGCCAAGAAAAGUUGCUCCAUAUCAGCUCAGGGGGGCAAUAUCUUUGCUGCUGUCAAAUUACACAUGGACAAGCUUUGCAAAGCCACAAAAGACAAGGCGGAACAGAGUAAAAUUCAGUCCCUGCAGAAGCCGCUGACCGACUGGGCUAAGAAGUGCGGCCACUCGCUGGACAGCAAGUCUCAAGCCAUGAAGGAUAGGGAGAAAAAGGUGGUUGCCAAGACAUUCCAUGGCACAGGCAUUGUUGUACCCAUUGAUGCCAAUGAAGUUGGAUACCGGGAGCUUCCAGAAACUGAUGCCAACCUGAAACGGAUCUUCAAGAAAAUUGCCGACAGCAAAAAUGAGGACGAACGCAACAAGAACUUUGAACCCCUGGAUGAGAUCAUCAACUUUGUUCAGUUUGCCAACGACGAGUGCGAUUACGGGGAAGGCUAUGAGCUGGGCAUUGACCUCUUCAUGUACGGCUCGCCCGUCCUGCACGGGACCAUUAGGAAUGUCCUGCCCUUGGCUUACACACUGCUCCGGCGGGAAGAGUUUGGCAAGAUCCUGGAGUCACAUUUGGAGGACAGACGGAAAGAUGACUUGAGUGUGACGUAAAAUACCAGGUGCUACAGUCUCUCAUGCUGAUUUCAACUUGUCAUGAUGACGAAACUUUGGCAGUAACGUAGGAUUUACUCAAAUGGCAACACAGUAAAGGAAUUGAACAAAAACAGCCAUUCACAUUGCAACUGCAACAAGACUUUUAU